AUGAAGAUCUACGCGGUUAUGUUCCUUAGUUUUAUCGUAUCGUCACAAAGCUUUCCAGCGAAAUUUCAAAGGUCUAAUAAAAUAUCAUACUGCUACCCCUUCCCAUUCGUAUCGCGUGAAGAAUGGAAUGCGAAACCACCAACAUCUAUAACAGAACAGAACACGCCAGUACCCCUAGUGAUAAUACAUCAUAGCUACAUACCAAAUGUUUGCCACAGUCGGGCAGAAUGCGCUAGAUCAAUGCGCUCUAUGCAGAAUGCACAUCAGAUAACAAAUGGAUGGAACGAUAUUGGAUACAAUUUUGCAGUGGGCGGCGAUGGAGUAGUGUACGAGGGUCGAGGGUGGAACCGCGUCGGCGCACACGCAGCUGGUUUCAACACUAACAGUAUUGGCAUUGUCUUCAUUGGUGAUUGGGUGUCUACCGUCCCUGCAAAGUUGCAACUGAAUGUUGCAAAGGAACUUGUGAAGGUUGGUGUGGAACUGGGUUACAUCAGUCGUGAAUAUAAGCUAAUUGGUCACCGACAAGUUGGAGCGACAGAAUGUCCUGGCAGUGCGCUAUUUAAAGAAAUAAGUACUUGGGAACGAUUCGCGUCUUCAUUAUAA